AUGUCAGUGUUUAGCCUCAGUAUAAAACGCGCUCGCCUUGGCGUGCUGUUACAAAUCACCCGCCCUGAAAUAAACGUGUUUGGAAACUAUGAAAAGCAAGUUACAAACAUUGGGACCUGUCGAGGAAGAAGAAACUACAUCGCUGGUGUAACGCGCACCUUCAGUACUAAAGUAUACAACUCCAAGGUACAUGAUUAUAAUGAGACAUUUAAGUGCUGGUGAAUCCAUUGGUGUAAUGUUAUGUGUUAACAAGUGGUGUCACUGUUACUCCAAUUAGGUACCGGAGAUUCCAACAUGGAAACCAGUUCCUGAGGACCUUCUUCCUCCGGUAAUUCCCUCACAGUGUGAGCCAAUAAAUUGCAACCACUCUUGGAAAUACCCUGCCUUUCUUCAAACAACAGACGGGUUGUCUCUUGGCUAUUCAAACAGGAUUAAUCUGUUUUUGUUUUGUUGUGUUUUGGAUCCACCAUUAGUUGCAACAAAAUAUGCAAUAACUACUAUUCCUGGGUUUAUUAUCUUCUCUAUUUUCAUUUCGAACUUAGAAAUGUACUUACAGACACUACUCUUACAUAACAUUCAUUCGACACUUCAUUCAUACAGUAGCUCUUAUUCUCUCUUGCUUGUUGAAAAAUAAACCAUUACAUAAAUAAGAUGAAGAAAGAAAAGUGAAAAGACAAAAAAGAAAAACAGAACUAAUUUUAGGGAUAACAAGAAAACUUGUUGUAUUUAUUAUUAAAGUUAUUCACCUGUAGCUUAUCCUUCCUCCUGUGUUAGCUUUUACUACACACCUACUAUGUUAAGGGUCAGUUUUGACCCAUGUCAAUCUGUAAAUUGUAAUAAAUCAUCAGCUGUAAAUUACACUUAAAACAAUAAUCUAUUAUCCAGUUUGGUUCUCAUCUCUAGGUUACCUUAUUAGGCUUCAUUAUCCAUGAAAAUAUUGCUUAGAAUAGUUUUUUUUGUGGGCCUCUGGGCCUUUCUUUGACAGGAUAUCCCUCAUACAGACAUCUAUACUGAAUUGUGCUGACAUGUCUGGACAUGCCCGACAUUGUUUUUUGUGCAGGGAAAACAAGGUAAAAUAAGAAUUUCCUAAAUCUCACAUGAUUGGAAGAGGAUAUGAAUGUCAGUGUGGUGCCUGACAGUGCACAGAUGAUUUUAGUUUUUGCUCUAAUUAUUAAUUGAUAAAUAAAUAAAUAAAUUAAUUAAUCAAACCAGGUCAACACCCCCUAACAUGACAAGUGUCAUAAUUUUAAUAAGAGCAUUUUAUAAUAUAGUCAAUUUAAUUUUUUAAUUUUUAUUUUAUUGAAAUAGAGGUUCCUGACAGUGAAAAAGUCUUAAUGCGAAUCUUAAUGAUAUCUUUUAAGCAUUUUAUAACAAAAACAGGGCGGUGCAGACCCUAACACAGGAGGAGGCAUUUAUACGAAAAAUAAAAAAAAUAGAAAUAAAGACUAGCCUGUAGUCAGUGUUAAUGGAAAAAUAUAAUGACUGAAUAACUUUGAAUGGGGAUAAGAAAUGCCCACAGAUUGAAGAUGACCAAGCACGAGUCCUGACAUUUCAAUAUAUUUCAUAGGUUCAUGCCAUACUUUCUGUCUUUGAUAUUUGAUUGUUUAAAGGCUGCUGUAAAUUUAACCUUUCUGUGCAACACUAUUGAUUUGACAGCCCUCCAAAGUCCCUGUUGACCUAGUGGACAAACUGGAGCGUCUAGCUUUGGUUGAUUUUCGCACCAAACAGGGACUGGAGUGUUUGGAGAAAGCCAUACGGUUUGCAGAUCAACUUCAUGUUGUCGAUACAACUGGGGUUGAACCAAUGGAUUCAGUUCUGGAGGACAGGUGUGUGUGUGUUAGCUGUGAAAGAUAGACCCGUAUCUUUGCUGCCCAUUUAUAGCACAUGAGCAACAGCUGAAGCUGAUUUCAAAUCUCUUCUUUAGUCAUUUGUAUGAAUGCAAACUGUUUUAUCCAUGCACAUCCAGGGCACUGUAUCUGAGGGAGGAUGCUGUAACGGAUGGAGACUGUGCUGAAGAACUGCUAAUGCUUUCCAAAAACACAGUGGAAGAAUAUUUUGUUGCACCACCAGGUAAAAAAAAAAGAUUUAACUUUUUUGUUCACAAUAAAAGAAAGAUCUGAGUUUGAUGAAUCAAUGAUCCCCUUCUGCUGUUGUCCAGGUUCCUUAACCAGGAUUUUAUUUUCUCUCAUCAUAGGAAAUGUUCCUCUACCAAAGAGGGAAGAAAGGACUGCUAUGCUGAAACAUUCAGAGUUUUGA